CUUCCGCUGCUGGGCCUGGUGGUUCCUGGGAAAUGGAGUCCAAGCCGUCUUGAAACACAACGGCCCCUUUAUCCUUGAGACUCCAUUCCCCAGCAAUCUCAGCGUGCAGCGUGUGUUAUGGAGCCGCAUGUCGCAGAACUGCAGCAGAAGGUUGAGGACACGUUGUGUCCUUUUGGCUUCGAGGUUUAUCCCUUCCAGGUGGCGUGGUACAAUGAACUACUGCCUCCAGCCUUCCACUUGCCCCUGCCAGGACCUACUCUGGCCUUCCUAGUACUCAGCACGCCUGCCAUGUUUGACCAGGCCCUCAAGCCCUUUUUGCAGAGCUGCCACCUCCAACCACUGACAGACCCCGUGGACCAGUGUGUGGCCUACCACCUGAGUCGUGUUAAACAGAGCCUCCCAGAGCUGCAGAUAGAAGUCAUUGCUGACUAUGAGGUACACCCCAACCGGCGUCCCAAGAUUCUGGCCCAGACAGCGGCCCACGUGGCAGGGGCUGCCUACUACUACCAACGACAAGAUGUGGAGGAUGACCCCUGGGGAAACCAGCACAUAUCGGGUGUAUGCAUACACCCCCAGUUUGGGGGCUGGUUUGCUAUCCGAGCGGUGGUGCUGCUGCCAGGGAUAGAGGUGCCGGACCUGCCACCCAGAAAGCCCCCCGACUGUGUGCCUACAAGAGCUGACCGCAUUGCCCUGCUUGAAGGCUUCAAUUUCCGUUGGCGUGACUGGACUUACCGGGAUGCUGUGACCCCACAGGAGCGCUACUCAGAGGAGCAGAAGGCCUACUUCUCCACCCCACCAGCCCAACGCUUGGCCCUGUUGGGCUUGGCCCAGCCCUCAGAACCUAGGCCCUCAUCCCCUGGGCUUUCCUUUACUACAGUCAACUGCAAGAAGCCUCAGAAUCCUGGCAGAGCCCGGAGCUGGCUCAGCCCGAGAGUCUCACCACCUGAAUCCCCUGGCCCUUGACAGCUUACUCUCUGCAGAAUCCUUAUUUAUACUGGCACUUACCAAGACUUAAGAGUUUAUUCUGGGUACGAGAUGACCACUUCUGGUACUAAGUCUUCAAUGUGGUCACCAAGGCUUGAUCAGGGCUGACAUUGUGGUGCAGCAAGCAGGUUAAACUACCACAUUCCAAAUGGGUGCCAGUUGUGUCCCAGUUGCACCAAUUCCAAUCCAGCUCCCUAAUGCUUGUGGUACAGCAGAGGAUGGUACAAGUAUUUGGGCCCCUGUCACCCACGUGGGAGACCCAGUUGAAGCUCCUGGCCCAGCCUUGGCCAUUGUGGCCAUUUGGGGAGCAAACAGAUGGAAGCACUCUCUGUAACUCCCUUUCAAAUAAAUCUUUAAAAGAAAAGCUUA